CGAUUUACCACUGACACCGACCGAAGAAGCUAAUUGUAAUUUGCAGCAGAAAGAAUGGAAGAUGAAUCGGCGAGCAAUUCGCAUGAUUCAAUUUGCCCAAUCUGCCUUGGACCAUUCAUUCAACUUUCCUAUCUCGAUCACUGUUUACAUCAGUUUUGCUUCAAUUGCAUUUUGCGUUGGACCAAAGUCGUUUCUGCUAAGAAUCAUACUCCACCUUCUUCCGUAAAAUGCCCCCUUUGUAAGACAGAUAAUUUUUCUAUCAUACAUGGAGUUGAUGGAGAUUGCUUUCAACGCUAUUAUAUAAAUCAUCACAAUGUUGAAGAUUGUUUUAUCUUAUCCAAAGCACACAGAUAUAGAUUACAAAGCUACUAUACUCAACAAGGUUUCUUAGAAGACAUAUUCAAUAUACCACAAUAUUGGAAAUCUCGCAAGUAUAAUCAGCCAAACAACUGGCUUCAGACUUGGUUAACAAGGGAAAUUCAAGCUCUUACCCAGGAGGAGGAUGUUGAAAUCAUUGUGCACCAUAUCUUUGGUGUGGUAAAACCAUUAUGGACAAGUAGAGAGCAGAAGUUGCACAUAAAUGCACCUGAAAAGAAACAGGAGGAAUUCAAGAUAUCAGUCUCUGAAGCAGUAAGGCCUUUUUUGGGAGCAAGAACAGACAGAUUUGUGUAUGAGAUUCAACUAUUUCUUGCUUCAGGAUUGAAUAUUGAAGCUUAUGAUGCAGUGUAUAUUCAAAGAUUAGGUUGGAGCUCACCUGGGGAAAACACUGAAGUAUCUCAAAAUGAAUUGGUUGAUCGCACUACUGUCAUUCCAUACUUGUACAUAUUUGAUGAUGACUCUGAUGGAAAUGAAUAGAUUCAUUCCCUUUUUCCUAUUUUUUUUCAUUUGUUUGUUGUGAUUCUUGAAUAAUGGCAUUGCAAAUGAAUAUAUACAAUUAAUGU